GACGUGCGUCAGUCAGUGUAAACGUUUUCCCAGCCGUAGAAGGUAGUAGAUGAGUACUCUCUUCCAUUUAACGUUUGAAUGCAAAUGUCAUGAAACUGAUUUCGAAAAUUCGGUUUAUGCGUGAUGUUUCGAUUUUGAAGAGAAAAAUCCGUUUCAUGUAAAGAAUACAAUUUUGGAAUAUUUGUGCCGACACUUUCUUCGAGGACAUCAUGUUUGUGUUUGUUUACAUUUAAAUUUUAACCGUUUUUUUCUUUUCCUUUCUGUGUAUUUAUACAACUCUGAAGCAAAAUGUCAUUUCAAGAUUCCUUUUGGGGCCCUAAUGGUUUUGAAGAAUUGAGGAAAUCUAUAAAAGAAGGCCAAGAUUUUACAAAAGACAUAGCAGCAAUACUGCACGAAAGGUCUGAAUUAGAAAUGACGUACGCGAAAGGCUUGUCAAAGCUCGCUGCAAAAAUCAACAAAGCAGCUAGAUUGGCACUAGGGACUACCCAGCACGCGUGGCAGGAAGUUGCCCUUCAAAUGGAAAAUGAAGCUGAUACCCACAGGUGUUUGUCAAGUAGUUUAGAAGAUGACGUAGUCAAGCCAAUAAAAGUCCUAUUGGAUUGCCAACAUAAACAAAGGAAAAUUCUGGAAAAUACUGUGGACAAAGUCUACAAAUCUCUCAAUGACAGGCGAAAUGAGGAGCUGAAAGCUAAGAAGAUCAGCUAUGCGUGCGCCCGCGAGAAUGAAAGAAUGCAAGAGCAGGCUCUUGAUUGCAAACUCAACAAAGGCAAGCUCCUCACAGAAAAGGACAUUCACAAAUUGGAAGCUAAAAAGCGAAAAGCAGAAGAAUUACUGACGAGAGCCGACAUCGAUUACUACAAUUCCUGUAUAAAAGCUGAGAGGACGAGGCAAGAUUGGGAGACGUCCGUGUACAGAGCUAACCUCGCCUUCCAACAACUGGAGGAAGAACGUCUCAACAGCAUGCACGAUUUUGUACAGAAAUAUACAAACCACUACAGCCAAAUGGGACCUGCCUUAACACAAUGUUCAGAGAGACUAAAAAUUACAGUGAAUUCAGUAGAUGUUUCUGCCGACAUACAGAAGCUUAUUGAAACAAGAGGAACUGGGCAAAACGUACCAGAACAAUUCUUACCGGAUUUUUAUGCUGAGAACUUGAGCUACGAAAUGAAGAAAGAGAGACGGAAAGAAAUUCUGCAAAGGUUUCUAUCCCUUCUGAAGCACGAUUUGGAACUCGAGAGGAAAGGCAAACAGGGCGUCGAAAAUUUGGCUAAAGUCUUCCAAGAGACGCCCACUUUCGGAGACGCCGAUGCUCAGCAAGAUGUCUUUGAAAAGCUGCAACACAUGAGGGCUAUGCUCACCUACCUAGAGGCCACAAGAUUUAAGAUGCAAUGCACUCUUGCUGAAUUGGAUGGACGCAAUAAACCUACACAUCCUUUAAUUAAUCAUAUGGAAGUUAAAAACAAACAGGGAAUGAAUCAAACCAUUCUAAAAAUCCCUCAUUGGGUAAGGAUGGAGAGGCGAAAUUCUGGCAGCAGUGGUUCUGGAUCAAAUGACUCCCAUGACAUUGAUAUAUCACAAGUACAAGAUGCACCAGAUGACCUAUAUGCCAAUGUACCGGCUCGUUCAAAUGGUGUAUCUUCAAUGACACAGUGCCGUGCAUUAUAUGAAUAUGAAGCUAAAUUAAGCGAUGAACUCUCUCUUCAGCCAGGUGAUAUCAUUAUUUUAGUACAAAAGACAGAAGACGGCUGGUGGCAAGGAGAGCUUAACGGGAAUGUGGGAGUUUUCCCAUCCACUUAUGUUGAAGAACUAUAGAUUUAUUAUUGAAGUAUUUCUUUUUCAAGGGAAUCAAAAUACAUUAAGUGCAAUUCUUAUUACCAAAAGACUGACAAAUGCAGUAAACAGGUAAAUUAAUUUUUAACCCUGUGUUUGGUGAAACUGACCAAAAUGUUUGUAGCUUGAUUUAUCACCGCAUGCCAUUGAACUUUUCUUUCACAUCUUCUAGUUAUUAAGAAAAUCUGGAAGAAUUAUAAGUCAUUUUCUUCAUGUUAUCAAAAAUAGAAUUUUGUGAAAAUUUAUUGCUUAGAAAUGAUUAAUGGUUAUUAUCACUUUAUAUUUUAAGGAGAAUAAUCAUCAAACCUUUGUUUCAGUGCCUGUAACAAAAGUUAUUAGAUUUGUUAGCUUUGUUCUUAUCAUGAACUAUUCAUAUUUCUAAGAUUUCAUCAUAUACAAUUCGGACAUAAAAUUAUUCAAAAAUAAAUCAGAAUGAAGUAAAUAAGAAAUUGCUAUUAUUUUUAUUAUAUUUAUGCACUGAAAAAGUUAAACUUAUGGAAAAUUUUAUAUUAUUGGUUUUAAUGUUAUGCAUGCCUUCAGCAAAUCUAGACAUAUCAAUCUUUUCAAUACAAACAAAUAUAUGAAUAAGAUAUUUUUAAUACUAGCAUAUAUUUGAUAUAAAUGCAAUUCUUUAAAUUGAUAAUAAUGUGGUAGCCUCUUUUUUUAUAAUAAUCUACAUACAAUAUCAAUGAAUUAGUGAUCUACAAUGAAUUGGAAUACAUAUGCCUUACUUGUAUAUUUCUAUUCAAACAAGAUAAUUUUGAUAAUGAUUAUACAAAAUCAUUUAUUUCUAAAUCUCUUGUAAUUUCUGAUAUACUUAUUUAGAGAAGUAUUGUUGUAUUUUGCCAUACUGAUGUAAAAGUUGUUCCUAUAUAGUUCAUUUGUAAAUACAAAGAAUUUAAAAUGUUGAAUUAUUUUUAAGUUAUAUUGUACAUUUGUAUAU